AUGGGCAGGCACACGAGCUCAAGAAUCGAAGGCCUCAACCUGUCCAUCUUGGAGAAACCCAGAAGGAAAUCUGGUGGUCGAGUGGAGGAGUACCGGGUGUUUGUUGGGACAUGGAAUGUAGGGGGAAGGUCUCCAAACAAUGGCCUCAACCUCGAAGAUUUCCUCCAAGUAGAAGGAUCAGCUGAUAUAUAUGUGUUAGGGUUUCAGGAAAUAGUUCCUCUAAAUGCAGGGAACGUGUUGGUGAUCGAGGACAACGAGCCUGCCACAAAAUGGCUGGCUCUCAUCAGCCACGCCCUCAACAAGCCCAGCGACAAGCAGGACGACUCCUCCGAGACCUGGAAUGGCGCAAAGCUCGGCAAGGAUUGCAAGUCGAGCAGCAGCCACCUCUUCCAAAAGCCUUCUUCCCUCAAAGCCAUCGGCAAGAACUGCCGCGUCGACGGCGCCCUCGUCAAGACUUGCAACUGCAGACCCGAGACCGCCAGCGGCAUCCGGCGAAGGGCGAGGAAGUUAAGGGAGUUCAUCGACAGCACCGACUCAGGCUCCGACGACGAGUACUACUGCCACCCCAUGUCCCAUGUCGUCAGCCCCGAAGCCCGGCGCGACGCCAACUAUUCCCUCGUCGCCAGCAAGCAGAUGGUGGGCAUCUUCCUCUCGGUAUGGGUUCGCAGCGAGCUGGUGCCGGACGUCGGCCACCUCAGGGUGGCGACCGUCGGGAGAGGAAUCAUGGGCUGCCUCGGCAACAAGGGCUGCAUCGCGAUGAGCAUGUCGUUGCACCGGACGAGCUUCUGCUUCGUCUGCAGCCACUUGACGUCGGGCGAGAAGGAGGGCGACGAACUGAAGAGGAACGCAGAUGUUUCCGAGAUCCUCAAGAGCACGCAGUUCCCUAGGGUCUGCAAGAUCCCGGGAAGUCGAAUCCCCGAGAAGAUCCUCGAACACGAUCGCAUACUGUGGCUCGGAGACUUGAACUACCGGAUUGCGCUGAGCUACAACGAAGCAACAACACUGCUGGAGGACAAUGACUGGGAUUCUCUUCUCGGAAGGGAUCAGUUGAAGAUGGAGCGAGAAGCAGGAAGGGUGUUCGACGGGUGGAAGGAAGGGAAGAUCUACUUCGCUCCCACGUACAAGUACUCGUACAACUCCGACGCAUACGCCGGGGAGACGACCAAGUCCAAGAAGAAGCGUCGAACGCCUGCAUGGUGCGAUCGGAUUCUGUGGUACGGCGAGGGCAUAGAGCAGCUGCAGUACUUCAGGGGGGAGUCGAGGUUCUCGGAUCACAGGCCGGUUUGUGCUGUGUUCCUGGCGCAGGUGGAGGCCAGCAGCCAUGGCAGGUGCAGGAAGGGCUAUUCCAGUGUGUACUCAAGGAUCCCCAGGGAUGAGAUGAUGUUACCUCAGAGACACAGCUUCUAUGAGUUAUAGAAAAAAGGCUGUUCUGAGCUGCAAUUUAUUGUAGAUGAGGAAUACGCAUUAUGUGAUUGAUUGCUUAGUACCUCUUGCUAAACACUAAGCUAACAUUGGCUGUUUAGAAGCCUGAUCGAGCAACAAUCUUGCUUGCUGUACAAGCUCAUUUGUCUCUUGCCAUGCCAAUCUGGUA